AUGCAAAUUCGUGGUUCUGGACAAGUUUCUAACGAUUCUAAUGAGGUCCAGGAGGACACGAAUGACUCUUCCGAUCCUUUGACGACAUAUCUACAGCAAGCUAAAUACAAAGAGGAGUCAAGCGAUUUGACUAAUUCUAUUAGUGGAUUGUAUCGAUUGUUGGACUUAUGUAACGAUGAUGAUUCAACCGGUAUUGUGGACAAGAUAAUUAUUUCCAAGGAAUAUUUAAAGAAACUAUGCAAUGAUAUGGUUCCAUCGAGUUUCAAAUCUAUUUCUGAAAUUAAUUAUACAGAAUUGAACUCAAUCUCAUUUCGUCUUAUUGGAUGUUAUGGAAAUCGUAAUUUAAUAGCAAAACUCUUGUUAAAUAAAAACAUAAUUGAUCAACAAUUGUAUGAUUCGUUUACAUCUUCCGUAUCAAUUGAUGAUACGAACAAACCUUCGUUACGUCCGGGAAUUUAUUUAUUAAUAAUGAAAGCCAAUUUGGGUUUACUUAUUUAUUGGCCCGAGAUUGGAUGCUAUGAAAAUGUUCCGAAUAUUUCUUCCCAGAUUAAAAGGAAUAUGAUUAAUUUACAAAGAUACUUAACGAAACUUACAGAUCAUCAAAUGUGUUUUAUGAGCGACAAAGACUUAGAAGACUUUGAUCUAAAUUUAGAGAAUCCUGAUAAUAACUCAGACGAAGAUGACGAACCACAAUGUGAGUUUGAAGUAAAAAAACGUCAAGAAAAAGAGGAGUUUAAAAUUGAUAACGGGUUUAAGGUGAAUUUAUCUCAUAAAAUCAAGACCGAAAUUAAUAAUCAAAUGGAAGAUGAUGUCCCAUUAUAUCCACUAAUUGUUGAAUCUACUACAAACCAAUCAUUCGUCACUCGACAACUGAUAAAGGAAACUUUACAUUCAAAUAAUAUCACUUCGUAUGUUUCUGCAGAACAGUUUCCGAUUGACCUCAAAACUAAAUUGCAAGAUCGUUAUUUACAUAUUGAUCGUGUUGAAAUGGAUAUAAAUGCAUUGGAAUUAUUUGUCAUACACGGAUUAAAAAUGGAUGAACUUUUAAUUCCACUGCAUGACGCAUUAUCUGCUGCUAGAAUGCGAAUUAAAAUGAGGACAGAUCAAGCUAUCUCUGAAGAUAUCAAAAUCAUUCAACAAGUAGCAUCAAGAAAACUACGUGCUUUUGAAAGUCAUUUUGAUAAAUAUAUUAUGCAUGAUAAUGAUUUAUCACAAACAAAUAUAAGCGAUUUCGAAAGAAUUCGAAAAAGAUAUCCCGGAAUAGAAACUCAAAUCGAAGAAAAAAUUAAAAUCAACUCAAAAAAAUGGAGAAAAAUGAAAAAAAGAUAUAAUUUAACAUGUAUCGUUAUUGAGGAUAAGUUGCAUGAAGCAGAAGAAAACGACGAUGAAAAGAAAAAAUCAAUAAAAACUUUUUAUAAAAUGUUCACUGAUGAUGAAACUAAUUUAGAAAAAUUGUUUGACAAAUAUACACCGGAAGCACAGCAAUCAAAAUCCAGAUGGAAUGCUAUAAUUGGUGUUUUUAAAAUUUCGAAUAUCACUAGGGCAAAACGAAUGGCCAAUGAAAAGCCAGAUGAAGAAUUUAUUCAAGAACUCGUAAAAUUUAAAUUAUUUGAAGGAUAUAAUGAUAUUAAAGAAAAAAUUAUAAAUAAUUUCAUUAAAGAAUAUCAUAGGUGGAAAAAAGAUGAUUUACCUAAUAAUUUUCAUGAAAUUCUGCUAAAUAUUCGAAACAUACAAUUAGAAGAUAAAUUAAAGCGAGAAUAUGAAGAAGAAAAGAAAAUAAUUGAGAAAAAUAUGUUUGAAAAAAUAUGUAAUGAAAUAGAAACUAAAUAUAAAGAUGGUUCUAUGCGAUUAAUUGUAUUAAGUGUAAAAAAACAAUAUAUGUAUUUCACAAUUGAAUAUGAUAUUGAGGAGCCUCAACCAAACCAACUGCAGAUAACUUUUUAUGAAACAUCGUUAAAAGAAGAAGAAGGGCUUCAUGUUCAAGAAAAUGAGUCAUAUGUUCCAUAUCCAAUUUUAUGUUCUAAUAUGAACCAAUAUGGUAUUUCAUUUCGCAUUGAUCCUCAAGAAUACGAUAUUAAAAAAAUAUCUCAAUUCGAUAACCAUAAAUUUCUUCUUAUUCUUUACAAUAAAAAAAUGCGAAGAAUUGAAAUAUUCUUUGACACUGCGCAACAAAUGGCACAAAAUUUUAAAUCGCAUUCGACUAUUAAAUCGUUUAAAAUAUUGAAUACAGAUGAAAAUUUUAUUAUUGCAAUUAAUGAACCAAAAGGGUUGCUCGCUAUAUAUAAUACAAAAGAAGUUAAGCUUGAUAUAUUUUCUUUUUAUGAUAAUCGAUCAAGGUUAUAUGCGCGCAAUGCAAAUAUUCAAUUAUUGCAAUGGUAUAAUAAUAUUAUACCGAACAUUAAAUAUUUUCUAUUCAUCAAAGAUACUGAGGAACUGUGCUUUGUUGAGAAUAGUGGAAGAGCACGUAUUUUUAAUCUUAUGAAUUUACAAUUUCGACCAGCAUUUUGUAAUUUUCCACGUAAUUUAGUAAAUGUUUUAAGUUCUACCGAUGGUUCUUGUAUUAUGGCAUUUGCAAAAGAAAAACCUGAUGAAUUCAAUUCAAUUAUUUCCACUGAUAAUAUUGAGCAACGCGACUAUAAUAAUGAUAUUAAGGAAAUAAAUCGUGUUUACGUUUAUUUUUCCAAAAAUUUUGUUUCUGCUGGUAAAGUUAUUGAUUUGCCAUUAAACUUUAAAUCCUUGGAAUUUCUUCAAAUUUCUUGUAUCAAUAAUCGACAAACUCAUUUGAUCUCGCUCGAUUUACAGAAUGGGCGUUUGAAUUCUUUAUUAGUCAAAAUUACUCUUGAACAAGCUCAAUUUCGUUUCCAAAAAUGCAUGCAAAAAAAGUCACUUGCGUCUCAGAGAACAAAACUAAAUGAUCUUGUUAAUGUCUAUAAACUAAUGUUUGAAAAAUAUCCAAUUGAUAGCUGUAUCGAUCCUAAACAAAAUCGUCCUCUUAGUUUAAAAAUAGUUCUUGACAUUGAAGAUAAUAAUAUUGAAGAUUACGGCGAAAAAUUUAAUGAAUAUAUCACCGGAAUGUUCGAUAACUUGAAGUAUUAUACAAAUAAACCUACAUCAAUGUUAAAAAAGUUUUCUGCAUCAGUUAUUACUUUCAAGGAACUUGAUGUUGAAGAUACGAAUUUUCAGAAGAAAUUUUCAUCAGAAUAUCAAUUAGGAGAGUGGAUUAUUCAACUUUGUUGUCUAAUUCCUAUACAAAUUGCUAUAACAAGAAAUAAUUUAUUUCAGCCACUUAAAGAUGGAUUAUCUUCGAAUGAAAAUUAUCUAAUAGAACUUAAAGAUGGUCAUCAUCUAGAUAUUAUAUCAAAAAACAUAUCUUUUGGGUGGUAUGAAGGAAUUUUCAAGCAUUUUGGUAGCAAAAAAGUAAAAGUUGUUUCAAGCAUGGGCGAACAAUCAUGUGGAAAAUCAUUUAUGUUAAACCACCUCGUUGGAACUACAUUUGAUGGAUCAGCAAUGCACUGUACCGAAGGCGUAUGGAUGUCAUUAGUAAAUACACAAGAAUAUAUCUAUGUUGCGCUCGACUUUGAAGGAUUAAAAUCUCUUGAAAGAACUCCACAAGAGGAUAUGUUUUUAGCACUCUUUAAUACAGUUGUCUCAAAUCUUAUUCUUUUAAAAGAUAUAUCAACGAUGUUUCAAAAAUUUCAAGAUGGCGCAAAGUUAUUUGAGUCUGAUCCAAAGAUAUUUCAGGCAAGACUUUGUGUUAUCAUUAAAGACGUGCCUAAAGUAGAUAGAGAUGAUAUUAUUAGAGUGUUUCAAUCAAAAUUUGAUCGAUUAGUUUCAGAGGAAGGUGAAGAUAAUUUUAUUACAAAAAUGUAUGGAAGUGGAUUGGAUAUUAUACCUUGGCCUGUUUUUGGUGAUAUUGCAUGGUUUAAAAAGUUAUCAUUUGUUAACAAAAAGUUAGAAAAGCAAAAAGUAAAAUAUGAAAAUGCUAUAACUUUCUUACAAGAUAUAAAAGUAAUUAUGGCUAAAUUAAAGAUAUGUGACUGGGACUCAUUAGAUGAAAGCCUCAUACAGAUUCGUAUUGCAACAUUAAAAAAGUUACUCCCAACUGCUAUUUCUUAUGGUUUAGAACGAAAAGAUUCUGUCACUAAACUUCUUUUGGAUCAUGAUACUGGAAAACCAAUUGAAGAUCCAAAAACUGACUUAUCUGAUAUUUUAAACAAUUUUGAUUCUACUGAAUUAUUACCAGAUGCCAAUAUUCAUUUAUAUGAUGAAUAUGUGUCAUUUGUCCAACUUUCUGAAGAUUUAAGAGAAUAUUUUGAUGAAAUAGUGCAGUCACAAGAAGAAACGUCCGAUGAAAUCAAGUGGUAUGAAAAUUUUGGUAAAUUCUUAAAUUAUAUAAUUGAGCGUCGGAUAUCACGUGUUCGAAAAUGGUAUGCACAAAAUACUGCUAAAUUGCCACAAGAUAAUAGUAAUGUCAUCAAUGGAAAAUAUGAAAUGGAACAAAAACUUGAUAAAUUAGCUCUAUUAUGGACCUUAUGUGGAUUAACAUGCCAACAAUGUCAUUUAAAAUGCAUAAAAAAUUUCAACCAUGAAGAUGAUCAUGAUUGUUUAACAAAUCAUAAAUGUAAUUUUCCAUGCCAAUUUGUCGAAGCACACAACAAAAAACUAAUUCCUAAAUGUAUUCAUAAGGCUGGACAUGAAGGCAAACACAUUUGUAAAAAAAUAAAGCAUUUAUGUAAUGAACCAUGUGAUCUAAUUGGUAAGCGUAAUUGUCAGGAAGUUUGCUCAAAAGAAAUAGGACACCCUGAUGGCAAGCAUUUAUGCCAAUCAACACGGCAUUAUUGUGGAGUAAGUUGCUCAUUAUCAACCCAUACCGUAAAGGGAGAUUAUCGUUGUCCAAAUAAAUGCAUCAAAUCGUAUGAAAAACCUCAUAGCUCUCACCGUUGUGAAAAUGGAACUUGUCCAAUUCAAUGUUCUAUUCUAAAUUGCCAAAGGAAAUGUCAAAGCAAUGAUCACUUUCAUUCCUAUUCUGGCUUUUUAUAUGUUGACCAUUUUUGUGGGAAUGAACAUCAUUGUCAUGAAUUAUGCGAAGACGAUGGUAUAUGUAAAGUAGUAAUUGAACCGAAAAAACAACUUCAAGAACCGUUUACAAAGUAUAUUCAAUUAAGUGAAAGAUUAAGAUGUAGUAAAAAAAUUCCUCCGAAUGAAUCUAAACAUAUCGGAAAACAUACACAUAAUGAAAAUGGGUUUCAUUUUUGUGAAGCACAAUGUCAAUUCUGUGGAUAUUUUUGUACAUUACCUUAUGGUCAUGAACAACUUCAUAAUACAAGACACGGUUUUGAUAGUAAUAUGAUGCAAAUUAAAUUUUCCGAAGACGAUGAAGACAAUAUAUCGGAAUACACAAGAGUUGAUGGGCAGAGGAAAUUUACUCUUUGUAACAUGCAUUGUAAAAAUUUAGGUAGGCAUCGUCACAUUGAUUAUUGUCAAGACGAAGUAAUAUGUAAAUCGGAAAAUCAAAGACAUGAUAUAAAACAUAUUGAUGAACAAAUUCAACCUAAUCCCGAUAGACCAAAAGAUUUUAUUUCUCAUAAACUUUUCUGGGAGAGAACAGGCUUCAAAGAUCCUUAUCCAGAGCAACAAGAUUUUGCAGAAUUUGAUAACGAUAGACAUACAAUUACUUGUCUCAAUUUAAAAUGA